AAAAAUAGGGUGAUGACAGGGUCAACCAACAGAAGUGCGUGUCUUGGUCCGGCCGGUCUCUCCUCUCGGAAUAGACUGAAAGGAGGGAAAGCAAUGUCAACUGUCAAUCACCCCUUUUGGCUUUUGCUCUAUCAAAUCAAAAUGAAAAAGAAAAUGUGUGUCUAAUCUCUCUGUAUGGUGAAUAAAGCUAUCCGACUCCGUAGGCCCCUCCUGAACGCUCCAAAACAAUCUCAACCAAAAUACAAAAGUUGGGAAAAAUGGGUGUAGCAUGAGUUGGAUGUGAGUGAAGGUGGUGGGUGCAACCUCUCAAAUCUUUCUCUUGUCCUAUUUUUCCUUCUUUUGCUGGCGUGGUGGAAGAUGGUAUUCUGCUGAUCGAUCGAUCGAUCAAAAUUCAAAACCAUGCCGAGCAAAUUCAAGAAGGCGAUUGGGGCCGUGAAGGAUCACACAAGUAUAGGGCUUGCCAAGGUAUCAAAGAAAAAUACCUCCAACCUUGGUAUCGCUGUGCUCAAGGCCACCACCCAUGAAGCGAUUCCUGUGGAGGAGCGAUACGUGAAAGAGGUUAUCCUCCUCGCCUCUGCCUCCAAGCAGGAUGCAGCCAUUUGUGCUCAGACUAUCGCCAAGCGCAUAGGUCGCACCAGCAACUGGAUUGUUGCUCUCAAGUCUCUCAUGCUCGUCCUUAGGAUUUUUCAGGAAGGUGAUCAGCAGCACUUCCCCAGGGAAGUCCUCGACACUAUGAAGCGCGGCGCCAAAAUUCUCAAUCUUUCAAGCUUCCGAGACGACUCCAAUUCAAGCCCCUGGGAUUAUACAGCCUUCGUGCGCUCCUUCGCCCUCUACCUAGACGAGCGUCUUGAUUGCUUCCUCAAUGGCAAGCUCCAUGGCCGACCUUCAAAUUGGGAUCAAAAGCAAGGUGGCAUCAUCAAUUAUGAACCCGCCGUUUAUGACAUUCAGCAGUCCCCUUCGUUGCUCGAGAAGAUCUCUUGUUGGCAACGCUUACUUGAUCGGGCGAUGGCCACCCGCCCCACUGGUGCCGCCAAGAAUAACCGACUGGUGCAAAUAUGUCUUUACUCGGUGGUGCUGGAGAGCUUUGAUCUCUAUCGGGAUAUCUCCGACGGUCUCGCAAUUCUCCUAGAUGGUUUCUUUCAUCUUCAGUACGAAUCCUGCGUUAAUGCCUUCCAAACGUGCGUUAAGGCCUCGAAGCAAUUCGAAGAGCUAUCUGCCUUCUAUUACCUGUGCAAGGGCCUUAACAUUGGCCGAACAUCCGAAUAUCCGAGUGUCCACAAGUUAUCCGAUGAGCUCAUCGACACGUUGAGGGAAUUCCUGAAAGAUCAGGCUUCUUUCCCAACCGCUAAUAAUGGUAAGGCGGAGCCGCCGCAGAACCCCCAGUUGCUUCUCCGUGCAUUCUCCACUAGCAUGACAAGUUCGGAACCGUGUGAAGGAGGUGGUGAAGCCUCUCAACAAUCCGAUCAACCAGCAGAGACGAUGUCGUCAGAGGAGAGAUACUGGGGCUCGGAGAUGGAACCGCAACCAUCUAGUAGUGAUCCCGACGCCGAUGUAGGAGGAACAAGCCCAUCCGUCGACAUGGAUCAAGAACAAUUCGAAAGGGAAUCCGAUUUGAUGGAUAUGAAUGAAAGGGGAACAAGCAGCCCGCCCUUAUUCAGUUCAGAUCUUGAUCUGCUUUUCAAUGAUCAGCCCCAACAAGAAGAGGAGCAACAGCCUUCGGUGUCGGGAUUGGAGUUGGACGUCAAAGAAGAUUCAAAGGAGGGGUGGGAGCUUGUGUUAACUCAAAGUGCAAAGGACAUAUCUUCCAAGCAAACUGGUGGGGAGGUAGACCAUUUGUCUGUCAUCGACAACCUGUAUGAUCAGCACAAUUAUCCAAACUAUAAUAACCCUUUCCUACAAGACAUGGGUGAGGGUGGGACUAAGGGUGAGGGUGAGGGUGAGGGUGACGGUGACGGUGAGGGUGACGAUGAGGGUGAGAUCCAUGCGCAGGCCAUCAACCCUCCUGAUCAUCCUGUUGUUGCAGCAGAUGGUGCCUUCUCCAUCCCCACGUUUCAAGCAACUCCUACGUUUUGUGCACAAAACUCCGAUGCCACAACACCGCCAUUGCAAAUCGAAAAUGACCCUUUUGCACCAUCCAAUCCCCCGGGUGAAACUUCCUUGGAUGGCUCCAUGAAUCAACAUCUCCUACACGAACAACAACUGUGGUUGCAAAAUCAAGACAAGAUCAUAGCAAGAAAUUUAGUUUGACUGUUUUUUUUUUUUAAUUUUCUGAAUGCAUGCUAAAGCUUGACCUGCUUUUGGAGGGA